AUGGAUCAUUCAUCAUCGCCACUCAACCUCUCCUCAUUGAACAUAAACGACGUCAACGAGGGCGCCGGACAAGAAGUGGUACUUCCGAGGCCAGCAUCAGCGCACAGUUCGAAGUCAGAAGAUUGGGACCCUGGAGAAUGCAUGCUACCAUCAAACUCUGCUCAUACUGCUUAUGGGCCACCGCUUCACUUGCAACAUGACAAGACCGGGAAGACCAGUUCCCUUGAAGGCCUAUUAUCGGAAGACCGUACAGUCAUGGGUUCGUGGGGUCUGCUAGGUCCUGCUUGCUUCCCCGGCAAGGUGUCAACGCGACCGAUGAGAUCGCGCAGACCCGGCGGUCCUACGAUUCAGCAAAAGGUUUUCAGAUCGGCGUGGGACACAACGCCGAUCAACGGCAAGAUGCUUGAUGACGAUGCCAAAGUUGUUGGUGAUCAUGUGACAGAGCAAGCCCGGGUGACUGUCCGGAUGAACGGUUUGUCCCCGAUGGUCCCAGACGGCAGAGCAUACAUCACCACCCUUGGGCUGGAUUCGCACUUAGCAAGUCUACCUGUCUCUGACUCUUCCGCCCUCACAAAUAUGCUGAGCCGGCCGAGCAUCUACGAGUCGUACGAUCCUUUACUGUGGCGGUGUCCGGAGACAGAGCACAAACUAUGGCUUAAUAAGUCUGGGGGAGAGUCCGGAGCGUCUUGUAUCUCUUUGGGGUCGGCUGGGGCGAGUGCAGUGAGCGGUGUGCGAGCUGUACGAGGAGUAGCCGAGGAAGUAGAAGAGAUAGAAUAA